AUGGAGAGAGAAGCGGCAUCUUUGAAGCAGCAAUAUUGCAGCAUAACUGUCAUGAACGUUAUCUCGUCUUUAUUCUCUGUGGCGUCCCUUUCCUUUUGCAUAUUAUUAAGUGUGCAAACAUCAGAGAUCACGGACAGGGUUCUGGAUUUGGAAACUGGACAUGGCGAGCAAAUCUUUCACGGAGUCCCCAGCUUUUCCGUGGAUCAGUUUAAUUCAUUGAUUCAAGAGAGAGUGGAUGAGCUCCUGUCACAGGUAAGCAUCACACGUGCACUUGCUACCAAUAUGGCCUGGUUGGCAAAUGACUGAACGCUUGUAGCCUAUUAUUAUUUAUUUAACAAUAUGAGUGUAUUCCCUAAUCUGUUUUAAUCUUUAAUCUAGCCUCUGCUUUUCAAGUUUAGGUAAUGUAGCCUGAUGUUUGUUUUACAUUUACAGCGCUCCUAUGAAAAUUUCUCGAAGAUACGGAUUGCCCGACAAGUUAGCAAUACUCCUGAUUGCAACUGUCCCCCA